AUGGGGACUGCAAAGGCUACCGAGGUUCUCGAGGCGGCAAUGGAGACGAAGCCUCUGCUUCGGGAGGAUGCCCCGAAGAUGAUGCCCAAGGUCUUCUGGAGUAUCGCACUCAUCGGUUCCUCUGCAGCCUUGAUCAAUUACAACAAGUACCUGAUCCAUCCGACACGGUUUCCAUAUCCAGUUGUGCUGGUGUUCCUGCACAUGCUUGGCGGCUCCAUCUUGAGCUCCUUCCUCCUGCUGACGAACCCAGCCCUCUUCCCUGCGCUGACCGAUCCGGACAAGAAGGUCGAUAUCAGCUCCAAGUUCCUCACGCGACGGGUUCUGCCUGUUGGGCUCUUGUUCACGACCUCCCUGAUCCUCAGCAACACGGCGUACCAGUACGCGAAUGUUGCCUUCCUCCAGAUGGUGAAGCAGAGCAACGUGAUCAUUGUCUUCGUCUUCUCGUUGAUGCUGGGCCUGGAGCAGUUCCGGGUCCGGAUGGCGCUUGUCCUGGUUUGUGUCAUGUUGGCCACCACCCUGACGGUCCAUGGCGAGAUGAAUUUCUCGCUGACUGGGUUCCUUGUCCAGCUGUCGUGCAACUUUGCAGAGUCCGCGAAGGUCGUACUGCAAGGCGUCCUCCUGGCCGGUGCGGGUCGUAAGUUGGACCCCUUGUCCUUCGUGGCCACGGUGUCGCCGAUGUGUGCACUUUGCUUAGGAGGUAUCCUUCUUCUGCAGCCACAUGCCCAGGUCCUCUCGUGGAUUGCACUUCCCUCCUUUGUUACUCUCCAAGCCUGCGGCUUCCUUCUGGCAGGCAACAUCUUGUGCGCGUUCGUGCUGAACCUGGUCAUCGCAAACUACCUGAAGCACGGAUCUCCUUUGGCUUUCUUGCUGACGAACCUCGUGAAGGAUGCCAUGAUCGUAAUCGUGAGCAUGGCCGCCUUCGGGGAUCACGUCAGCCUACUUCAGACAUGCGCCUUCAGUGCCCAGCUGUCCUUCAUCGCGCUCUGGUCCUUCAUGAAAGCCAACUCGGAUAUCUUCGACCAACAUGGCUUUUUUGGCGGCUUGUCCAGUGCCUUGGGUGCUUCCCCCGCCUCUCGCGUAGCGACUGUUUCAAAAGCCAUGUUCAACUUUCUGUCUGGGCACCUCGACGACAUAAGCACGGAGGUGCUUGGACAAGGCCCCAUCCUAGUCUUUGAGGUCCCCAUUUUGGAGAGCUGGCAGUACAUUGUCGAGUUUACGAAUCCGGCAACGUCGUUUGACCAGCAGUUUGCCUGUGCAGAGCAGGGUAUUCUGCAAAGCUACAUGUGGCUUUCGCUCCUGACGGUGCUCAUGGGCCCCAGCGUGUUCUCAGCGCUGAGGACUUUGCAGCGGCGGCAGGCUCACAAUGAUCUGAGCGCGCUGUUCUUCACCGCCACCGCAUUCUUCGGAGUGCGCGUCUGGCUCUUCACAGUGCACUUGCUGGUGUAUUCUCGCAAUGGAAUGGGUUUGGGAAUGCUGCUCUUCGUAGCUCAAUUCUUGGACUUCCUCUCCACUACGAUGGCUAUGGUCGUUCUAGUGGCCCUCGUGCACGGGGUGUACAUCGUGAGGCCCUGCGUUCCCGUCGGCUCCGCCGAGCGAACAGCGCUGAUCCGG